AUGUCCGCCAUCAGACUCUCCGCUUCCGCUCUCCGCCCCGUCGCCGCGCGCCGUGUCGCUUCUCCCGCAUCCCGGGUCGUUGCCUUCAACCAGAUCCGCUCCGUCUCUUCCAACAGGGACGAGCUCGGUGGUGUUCAGGGGUCUGAGCCUGCUACCAGGCAUAACCGUUACAACGUGAGAGCCGGCACAAUCACCGCCAUCGGCGUCCUGGCCGCCGGCGGUUACAUGCUUUACAAGAAGGGCGACGAGAAGAAGACUUCGCCUUUGAGCGCUAGCCAGUAA